GACCCCAAGACGCCCCCCCCUCCGCGUGACGCCGCAGCCAUGGAGCGCGGCCCUCGUGCGGAGCCAGAGCCGGGCGCGCCCCCAGCCAUGGUCUCCAGGAUCCCCUCAGAGCCAAGACCUUCUCCAGAAGGUGACCCUUUCCCACCACCACCACCAAUGUCAUCCCUGGUCCCUGACACUCCUCCGGACACCCCUCCUGCCAUGAAGAAUGCCACUAGCCCUAAGCAGCUUCCACUGGAACCAGAGAGCUCCCGAGGGCAGGUUGAUCAUAGGCCAGUCCCCCCACAGGAAGAAUCCUUUUUAUCAGAAGCAAAGAGCCCAUCAGCCACCGGCUCACAGGAUGCUAGACCUCCUCAGAGGAGCAGCGAGCCAGCCCCACCAGCAGUGCCAGCCUCUGACAGCCCUCCCACCAAGCAAGAUGUAAAGAAGGCAGGAGAGAGACACAAGCUGGCAAAGGAGCGGCGAGAAGAGCGGGCCAAAUACCUGGCGGCCAAGAAAGCAGUGUGGCUGGAGAAGGAGGAGAAGGCCAAGGCUCUUCGUGAAAAGCAGCUCCAGGAGCGCCGGCGGCGGCUAGAAGAACAGCGCCUUAAAGCUGAGCAGCGCAGAGCUGCCCUGGAGGAGCGGCAGCGGCAGAAGCUGGAGAAAAACAAGGAACGCUAUGAAGCAGCCAUCCAGCGGUCAGUGAAGAAGACGUGGGCUGAAAUCCGGCAGCAGCGCUGGUCCUGGGCAGGGGCUCUUCAUCACAGUUCUCCAGGAAAUAAGACCAGUGGGAGCAGGUGCUCCGUGUCGGCAGUAAACCUGCCCAAACACGUGGACUCUAUAAUCAACAAGCGGCUCUCAAAGUCCUCUGCCACGCUCUGGAACUCCCCCAGUAGAAAUCGCAGCCUGCAGCUGAGUGCCUGGGAGAGCAGCAUCGUGGAUCGCCUGAUGACACCUACCCUCUCCUUCCUGGCUCGGAGUCGCAGCGCGGUCACGCUGCCCCGCAACGGCAGGGACCAGGGUAGGGCCGGCGGCUGUGGGAGACGCCCCGCGAGGGGCUGGGCAGGGACCAGUCUCCCGCCCUGGCCACACCUCCACCGCCCUCAUCCCCCUGCAGCCGUGCCGGUGUGCCCGCGCUCGGCCUCUGCCAGUCCCCUGACGACGUGCAGCGCCCCCCGAAGCGGGCACCGCUGCGCCCCUGCCUCCGGCGAGCGGCGCAAGCCCAGCGCCGGGGGCAGCCCCGCCCACGUCCGCCGCCGCCCGGAGGCCUCGCCGGUGCAGAAAAAGGAGAAGAAGGACAAGGAGCGGGAAAACGAGAAGGAAAAGAGUGCCCUGGCCCGGGAGCGCAGCCUCAAGAAGCGGCAGUCACUACCUGCGCCUGGGCGCCCGCGCCUUUCUUCGGGCCCCGCCUCCGAGCUCAGCCCCAAAUCCAAGGCCCGGCCAUCCUCUCCCUCCCUGUCCUGGCACAGGCCUGCCUCCCCCUGCCCCAGCCCAGCGCCAGGCCACACUCUGCCUCCAAAACCGCCAUCUCCUCGGGGCACCACUGCAUCACCCAAGGGACGGGCUCGCAGGAAGGAGGAGGCCAAGGAGAGCCCCGGCGCAGUAGUGUCUGAGGACAAGAACCAGAGCAAGAGGAGGCCCAGUGUGGACAAGGAGCCAGCAGCCCCAGCCUCACCAGCACCCUCGCCCACGCCCACGCCCUCGCCCAGCCCAGCUCAGCCUGCUGCGGCUGCAGAGAUCCCUGCAGAUACUGCUCUCCCGACCUCACCCCCAGCCCCCGCUCCCGCAGUGACCCCUAGCAAACCCAUGGCGGGCACCACUGACCGAGAAGAGGCUACCAGGCUCCUGGCUGAGAAGCGGCGCCAGGCCCGGGAGCAGCGGGAGCGCGAGGAACAGGAGCGGAGGCUGCAGGCAGAAAGGGAUAAGCGAAUGCGGGAGGAGCAGCUGGCGCGGGAGACAGAGGCCCGGGCAGAGCGGGAGGCCGAGGCCCGGAGGCGGGAAGAGCAAGAGGCCCGAGAGAAGGCACAGGCCGAGCAGGAGGAGCAGGAGCGGCUCCAGAAACAGAAAGAGGAGGCUGAAGCUCGAUCUCGAGAAGAAGCAGAGCGGCAGCGUCUGGAGCGGGAAAAGCACUUCCAGAAGGAGGAGCAGGAGCGGCAGGAGCGCAGAAAGCGUCUGGAGGAGAUCAUGAAGAGGACUCGGAAGUCAGAAGCUGCUGAAACCAAGCAGAAGCAGGACCUUAAGGAGGCAGAAGCCAAUAGUUCCAGCCCAGAUCCUGUGACAACUGCGGAGACACGGCCCUCAGAGCUGCAGAAGGAGGCAGUGGAGAAGGAGGAGCCAGCCCCCCAGGAGCCGCAGUGGAGCCUGCCAAGCAAGGAGCUGCCUGGCUCCCUGGUGAAUGGCCUGCAGCCUCUCCCAGGACAUCAGGAGAACGGCUUCUCCCCCAAGGGACCCUCUGGGGACAAGAGUCUGGGCCGAGCCCCGGAGGCACUCCUACCCUUUGCAGAGGCAGAAGCCUUCCUCAAGAAAGCAGUGGUGCAGCCCCCACAGGUCACAGAAGUCCUUUAAGGGUGGCCUUGGAUCCGGGCAUGGCUAUGAGGCCUCCUCUGCACCGUCCACCAGGAUGUCCAGAGGAGGAAGAGACAGAACAAAGAUGGAAGUGGCGUGGGCCCUGCGGGUGCGUCCUCUUCGUUGUUGUUAACCUGCACCUUAUGGACUGAUGUCUCUUUGGCUGGAGCCAGACCCUGCUCCUCAGCGCAUCCGUGUGCUCACACGCGCGGACACUCCCUCUCGCCGCACACACAUACACUCACAGCCUCUCUGGCCCCGCCUCGGGGAAGGGCCACCUGUAGUAUUUGCCUUGGUUUGGUGGGGUACAGUGGAUGUGAAUACUGUAAAUAGCUUGUGCUCAGAUGUCGGUGUGGAGGGGGUGGGUACAGGAGGCAGACCCCCCUCCCGAGGCUCCCUGGGGAGAUCUUCCUCUCUAUUUAACUGUAACUGAGGGGGAACCCAGGUCUGGGGGUUGGGGGGCACCUUGGGCCACAGGAUACUGGUUGCUUCAGGGGUACCCAUGCCUCCUGCCCGUGCCUGGAAUCAGUGUUAUUGCAUCUGAUCAAACUUCUCCAGAAAUAAAGCAAGAAUAAUUCUGCCAA